AUGCAGGACGAUCCGGCGUGUGCGGAUUCUUCAACUUCUUAUUUCGUUCGCAACGCUCCCGAUGCGGGUAAGGAGAGCUUAGGGACAUACGACUUGAGCAUUACCUACGACAAGUACUUUCAAACCCCCAGGCUCUGGCUUUUUGGCUACAACGAAAGUGGAACCCCCUUAACCCCCGUGGAGAUCUUCGAAGACAUUUUGACCGAUUAUGCGGCUAAGACCGUCACUGUAGACCCUCACCCCUGCACGGGGGUUCCCACGGCCUCGAUUCACCCCUGCAAGCACGCCCAGGUGAUGAAGAAGGUCGUGGACCACUGGAGGUCUCAGGGAGUUGAGCCUCGGCCGGACUUGGCGUUGAUAGUGCUGCUGAAGUUCAUUUCUUCUGUGGUGCCCACGAUUGACUACGACUUCACAAUGGACAUCGACAUGGGCCUUUGCGGGCCCCACACCACCAAGCGCGAGGGCUGA